AGGAGGGGAACUUGGCGCGUGGCUCCGGCCGCGCCGGAGAGCUGGAGCCCACCUUCCGCCCUGCUGCAAUGGUUGUUAAUGCCUGGGAGCAGCGAAGAUUCAUUUGUUUUCUUUCCGGAUGUUCAUCUUAAGCAUGGAUAAUACACCGCCUUCCAGAGUCGUACUGUUUACCUGACCUUUAGAACACCUUUUUUACUUCUAGACAUUUGCUGCUUUCAAUCUCCGAAUUCUGGCAGGCUGCUGGGCAUAAUAUUUAAAACGCGAAACUGUUACUUUGCUUUUUUCCUACUCGGACCGGAAACAACAUUCUUUGUUUUUCAGGUGUUGAUGUUGAAUAUGCCUUAUUAGCAUAUUAAAAUGGCUGUACCCAAAGACGCCAUCCCUUCCUUGUUAGAAUGUCAAUGCCAGAUCUGUGUGGAAAUCCUUUUUGAGCCUGUGACUCUGCCUUGUAACCACACGCUCUGUAAACCAUGCUUCGAAUCGACUGUCGAAAAGGCAAAUUUGUGCUGUCCCUUCUGUCGCCGCCGUGUCUCUUCGUGGGCUCGGUACCGUAACCGAACAAAUUCUCUUGUUAAUAUGGAACUGUGGGAGAUAAUUCAAAAACACUAUCCAAAGGAAUGCAAGCUAAGAGCCGCUGGGCAAGAAUCAGAGGAAAUUGUUGAUGACUAUCAGCCAGUCCGCUUAUUAAGUAAACCUGGGGAAUUAAGAAGAGAAUAUGAAGAGGAAAUAAGCAAGGUAGAGGCAGAGCGGCGAGCCUGUGAGGAAGAAGAAAACAAAGCCAGUGAAGAAUACAUUCAGAGAUUACUGGCAGAGGAGGAAGCGGAGGAAAAGAGACAGGCAGAAGAAAGGCACAGAGAAAUGGAAGAACAACUGAAAAGUGAUGCAGAACUGGCAAGAAGACUAAGCCUUGAUAUUAACAAUUUCUGUGGGGGAAGUGUUUUGGCUUCGUCUUUGAAUUCCAGAAAAUCUGAUCCGGUCACAACCAAAUCACAAAAGAAAAGUAAGAACAAACAAACAAACACUGGAGAUAUUCAGAAGUAUUUGUCACCUAAAUCUCAACUUGGGUCAACAUCACAGUCUGAAGUUGUGCAGGAAGACAGAAAGAACUCCAUGUCUAAGGAAACUGAUGACAACAGUGAUGUGAAGAGCCCUACAUGGCAAGACACAGACAUUGAGGAAGAUAUGCCAACGCUUUCUCCUCAAACAUGCCUUCCUAUUCAGGAACAAGGUGCAAAAUCUUCAGUGGAGUCACCUAUGCCUCAGUUAUGUACCAGUGGUGGAGAAUGGUGCCUUGAAGGAAAAGUUGAAACAGGACCAAGCAAUCGUGAAAAAGGGUUAUGUGUCAUAAAUCAUGAGGAACCUAAAGCCAGAUUUCCCUACUCUGGAGAUGCUGCCACUAAGCCUUAUGGUGAAACAGAGAGUGGGUGUACUGUAUCAGAUAUGACACAGUUCAUUAGAAACAACACGGUUGAGACAGAAAAUGAAGAGUCUCACCUACCGAUCAAUCAAGAUACCUCCAAAAGAAGAAACCUAGAACCUCUGUCUGAAGCAAUCAGAGAGCCAUGCUUUUCUGCAAAAAGAAGAAAAAUGUUCCCCAAAGCCUCCUCAGACCAAGAGAAAACAGAAAUCAGCUUUACCCAAAAACUGAUAGAUUUGGAACAUCUACUUUUUGAGAGACAUGUGCAAGAAAAGCAGGACAGGUUACUAGCAUUACAACUUCAAAAAGAGGUGGAUCAAGAGCAAAUGAGGCCAGACAGGCAAAAAGGAUCCCCAGAUGGGUAUCAGUUACGGACUGUGUCCUCACCUCCAGACAAAUUACUCAGUGGACAGAGAAAGAAUUCCAGAGACAGAAACUCCAAAAGACAAACCGAGCUAAAGCAGCCAAAACCUCGGACAGACUCAAAAAAUGAAAAUCAGCAACCUUUUAAGAUCCAGUUGAAAUGCUCGGUUAAUGGAAGAAAGAUAGCAGAUUCUACUAGAGAUAAUUGUAAGGUACCUAAAACUGUUCAUUCCCUACAGCCUAGUAAGUCACAGAAGAGUAUUUUUCAGAUGUUUCAGAGAUUCACAAAGUAAUGCUUGAGUAAGAAGAGUAUUUUAUAAUCCAGUAAGGCUGGGUUGUGAAGCUUUCUAUCAUAGGUUCUUUAUAAAUUUUUCAUUAGCUCUGCUCUGUGGACACACUCAUUGUCUCUAACUAAAGAACCAUGUGAUUAUGAAAGGAGGAAUAUACAAACGUGUUUCUGCUGGACUCAGUUGUAAGCAAGAGUCCCACUCCUUUCCUUUUUCUUUUUUUUCUUUUUUCCUUUCCUUUUUCAAUAACUGUGAUGUACUAAGUAUAGGUUGACAGUCUUUAUGGAUAUAAAAUUGCAUUUGCCAACUCCCAGGAAAUCUUCAGAUCCGUGCAUUUCCCCAAAAUGCAUAUAUGGCCUUUGAGCCCCUUUUUGUCCUGACUAGUAAUCAAAGCAACAUUAAUACCAAGUAGCUGAGGGAUCCAGGCAGGGUUUAAAAGCUGUUUUCUUGCAGCUUUCCCAUAUAUUUGCAGAGCAUUUGACAUAGGUCUUCCAUAACACUAAUAUCCAUCUCUGCUUUAAUUACUUUAAGUAUUACAGUAUUUUCUUUGACUUAAAAUGGGUUGGGGUCAGUGUGAAAUCAGAAAAAUCAGGGUUUUCUGGAAAAUUGGGACUUAGUUGACAAAGGAAACCAGACUCGAUGCAAAGGAGCUUGUCUUGGGAUGAGGCUGAGGUGGGUAGAUGGACAGUGAGGGAUGAUCAGAUGGCUGAAUCUAGAAUGGAAUAGCAGGUGUAGUCUGACAGAGUGUUCUUCCUCGUCCUUUCUUUGCUGAAUGACACAAGAAACAUUCAGACUUUAUAGUUUUACACACCAUACUAUCUAAUCGACUAUUCCAGAGGAAAAAAUGGAAAGUUAUGUCACAGUAUCCUAUAUCGUAGAACCUGACUAACCAUGUGUUUAUUUCCUUAGGUUAUCAAACUGACUUAUUUUGUGUUUAUGGACAAAAAUAGAAAGUAUGAUACUUGGGUUUUGCCCUGUCUUACCCCCGAAAGUUAAAUAGGAAGGAAGCAAUUUCAUUUUAUGAAAUAUAAUUUAGAUAUCUUUUGUUUCAGUAGUUUCAGUAGUAUGAACAGCUUUGAGCAAAUAACAGAUUUAACAGCAUUUCUGAUGGAUGUCUAGUUAACCAUCCUAUUAAGGUAAUAACAUAAUAAAAUGUCCUAGAGUUAAUAAUUGUAGCUUAAAUUUAUCAGUGCUUUUGGACAUUUUUUUUUUCCUCCAAAUUUUGUAACCAGAAUUCUGUAAUCUGCAUAAUGAUGGCAUCUCCUUCAAUAUUGAUUAAUUAUGGGUAGAAUCCCAUAAUUAGUUUGCCCUUUCUCAAAAAUGAUUGUCUCCUGAGUAAUGAUUGUGCUGAAAUGAAGUGUACUUAGAAACUAACCAAAUUUGUCUAAAGUAAACUAAAAUAUUUUCAUCAAACCAAUAUUUUUUUAAGACCAAUUUUGCUUUACAAGGGAUUCCUCAAAUAAAAGUUACGCAGUUAAAUCUUCCUAGAAUAGUCCAUGACCGAAAAGGGAGAAAAAUUGUAUAAUGUAUUUAGGAUUUACACAUACAACCACUUAUUUGUCUGUGAAAAGUCUUCCUGACUAAAAUUGGCUUUAACACAAAUUUUAACUUCUUAGUCUUUCUGAUACUCCUACCAUGUAUGCAUCUUUGUGAGAAACUAAUAAAUAUUUUGUGUCGUUAGAAUGUGUUGAUACUUUUCCUUCCAUUUUUAUGGAAGGGAUAUGAGAGUGUUUAAUUUCUCAAGGAGUGCUAGAACUGUGCAGAGGCUGAGAAUCUGAAAAUUAAUUGUUAAAAAUUAAAAUAGACUAUAUGUUUUAUCACAGUUAAAGAUUAAAACAUGAAAAUAAGUUCUGUGUAAAAAUUACCAUAAAGGAAAAUUGGAAGACAUGGAAGACUAGGGAAAAAGUAGAUACAGUUCACCAUGAAAAGCUAAAGUGUCUGCCAAUACAUUAAGAAAAAGACUAACACCUCAAAAGAAAAAUUAGAAAAGUUGAUGUUCCCAAGAAACAGUUCCCAGGAAAGGAAAUAUAAAUGGCUCUUGAAUAAGUUUUAAAGCCCUGGGGAGGUAACCUUGGCAAUUUGCCUCUAGUGAUUUCUUACUGUUUUUACAUAUAUGUAGAAUAGCAUGCACAAAAGAUUUUUGUAGGGUAUUGUUUGUAAUAACAAGUUAGAAACAACCUUAAGCAUAUCGAGACAAUAAAUGAUGGUAAAAUGGAAUACUGUACAGCAGUUAAACAAAAAAACCCACUUUACUGAUACGAAAAGCACUAUAAGAUAUAAACAAAAAAAUACAAGUGUAGAAUAGUGUGCAAUUUAUCCAAAGAAGAGAAAUAUAUAUCUACGUAAGAGAGAGAAAAACAGUAUUGCCAGCAGGGAGAGAAACGGUUCCUGGGAGACAGAAGUAGAAGAAUGAGUUUAUGUUUUUAUACUUUUUGAAUUUUCAAUCAUGUUGACUGUAUCAUCUAAUCAAAACUUAAAUGUUCCUAAAAUAUUAUAAGAUUAAGGAUAUGUAUGCAUCUAAGCCUAUACCACUCUAGACAGUCCUUUUUGCCUUUAAAUUCUAAGAAUCAUAAUUUAGGAAGAUUUUUCAUUGUGAAAAAAAAGUGAGUUUUUGCAAAUAGCAUUGUGAAUGAAUAUGUUUAGCUUUAGUGUACUAUUUUUAAAUUAUCUGACAAGCAAAGCUUAUGCUUUUCAGGUAGCAGUGCUGUAGACCUGCAGUCCUGCUGAAGACAAUGAGAAGAGCCAGAUAAAAGUAUAAAAUUUUCUACUUAAAAACAUCAGAAAGCUACUGAAACAAUGAGGACUAAUUUAGGGGCUGAGAUUCUCGGGAGGGGAGGUGUGAGAGGUGAACUGAUGUUUGCAGCCCCUCUUCCACUGCAACGUGCCUAUUCUGAACGCAGAGUGAGAAUGAGGACUUUGGCUGGUGAACAGGUCUGCUCUACUGGCAGAGCUCUAGGCCAGCUCACGAAGCUGGAGUGUUUAGAGACUUGCAGGUCAUAAGACACAAGUUCCACCUUCUCAUCAAGAUAACUACAGUUUUGAAACUGUAGAGCGGAGGCUAAAAGGCUGAAAACCUCUGAAAAGCAGAGAGGAGUUGUCAUCAGGCUCACACUGCAGAUGAGAUAAGAACAGAAUUCAGGACCUACCAGGGGAAGGAAGCUUGUUGAACACACCAGAAGCCUCAGCUGAAAGCCCCCCAGCACAGAAGUCUGCAAACUAAAUCCCAGAAGCCAAAUCUGCACUCUGCGAUACUUGUAGAACAUGCGAAUGGCUUUAAACAGACUCUUAGAGGGACUUAUCUAGUGGUUCAGAGGCUAAGACUCCAUGUUCCCAAUGCAGGGCACCUGGGUUUGAUCCCUGGUCGGGACUAGAGCCUGCAUGCUGCAACUAAGAGUUCACAUACCACAACUGAAAGAUCUCACAUGCGGAAACAAAGUUCCAAGAACCCGUGUGCUAUAACCAAGACCUUGCCUAGCCACAUAAAGAAAAAUAAAUAUUUAAACUAAGUAGCUCUUAGGUUCCUUAGUUCACAUAUAAGGAACAGAUCUGUGGGAGUAGUAAUUUGUGCAUCAGUUUUGGACCACCAAGGGACAUGUGCAGGAGGAAAGAAAAUAAUGCCCUCCUUAACUUGGUCUCUACCUGUAUGACCUUAGGUGAGCUACUUAAUCUCUCUUAAUUUGUAAACAGGAAUCAGUGUAACCAAGAGUUGCUAUGGAGAGUUAAGGGAAGUAAUAGAGCAACUGGCACAGGCCCUGACUCAACAAAGAACCUUAAAUGAUAGUGUCUCUCCUGGCUUUCCUCCAGUCUCACUACCCCAUCUGAUCCCACUUUUGGGAGGGUCACAUCCAGUGACUCCGUGUACCGUAAGUGCCCGUGUAUAUCAUCCCAUAAAGUGCAGUUGCCUUCUGUCUAGUGAGCACUACGCACCUCUCCCCUACUGGAUAUAUUUUUAGCUCUGUGUCACAAGAGAUCCCUGACCGUGAGUUUCCCUGUGUUACAGUUCCCAGAUCACAAGUGACUUCAGCCUCAGAGGAAACUAUUCCUCAAAUAUCUUGUGGCUUCUUCAAAUUCCUCUACAAGUUCUAUACAUUUGGUAUGCAUAAAGGUGUGUAAAACAAACUGCAACUGGGAGGUGAGCGUCUACUGUAUGUUUACCCAUAUCUUGAUUCCUGUGUAAAAAUCUUAAUAAAUAAUCAUUACUUUAAA